ACUGGCAGAGACUGGUUUAAAAGCAGCCUCUUUGAGUGCAUGCAGCUCAUCCAGUUAACCGUCAUGCAAUGCUUGCCGAAGUCUGCACUUUUACGGAGUAUGUAAUUUGCUGCGCGUAAGACAACUGAAACUCAACUUUUUUUUCUAAACGAUGAUAUGGUUGUUUUGUUUUUGUACUUCAGGAAAGGCUGUUUUAUUUGAAUGGAGGUCUCCCAACUAUUUAUGCCUGGCUUUUUAAGCAAGGACACAAUACGUACAACUGUGGUCUCGUGGAGAUGAAAAUGGACUCUUGCUAAUUCUAUAAACGCGACUCUCUUUUUUCCCCUUUUUCAUAGAACAGUUUAACAUAAUAUCCAAAGAUGCAGGUGUUUGUGUUUGCUACAGUUUUACUUUACAUCAGGGAUUUCGUUGGAGCAGAGCCUAAAACGAAGUGUCCAUCGCGGUGCGAUGUAAGCACUUGUCCGAGCCCAAGCUGUCCGAGUGGGUACGUCCCAGACCGUUGCAACUGUUGCCUGGUUUGCGCACAGGGCGAAGGGGAUCCAUGCGGACGCAAAGACGACCUGCCCUGUGGAGAUGGUUUGGAGUGCAAGCAUCCUGCUGGAAAGCGCCUCUCUAAAGGCGUAUGUCAGUGCCGAUUCACAAGCAAGGUAUGCGGCAGCGAUGGGAAGACGUACGGGAACGUGUGCCAGCUCAAGGCGGUGAGCCGUAAAGCUCUGCAACAGGGACUCCCCGGCAUUACUCAAGUGCACAAAGGCCCCUGUGAAACAGACCUAGGUCCAAUACAUCCCAACAGUCCGCGAUACAAGUUUAACUUCAUCGCUGAUGUGGUGGAGAAGAUCGCUCCGGCUGUGGUUCACAUUGAGCUCUUUCUUAGACAUCCUCUGUUUGGCCGCACGGUUCCCCUGUCGAGUGGCUCGGGCUUCAUCAUGCUGGAGACGGGCCUGAUCAUCACCAACGCUCACGUGGUCUCCAGCACCACGCCCGUGUCCGGCCGCCAGGAGCUUAAGGUCCAGAUGCACGACGGCGGGGUCUAUGAGGCCACCAUCAAAGACAUCGACAAGAAGUCCGACAUCGCCACCAUCAAGAUCAACCCCCAGAAAAAGGUGCCAGUCCUGGCUUUAGGUAAAUCUACAGACUUGCGCCCUGGCGAGUUUGUUGUUGCCAUCGGCAGCCCCUUCGCCUUGCAGAACACCGUUACCACGGGGAUCGUCAGCACAGCACAGAGAGAUGGCAAGGAGCUGGGCAUCCGUGACUCCGACAUGGACUACAUCCAAACAGAUGCCAUCAUCAACUAUGGGAAUUCCGGUGGACCUCUAGUAAAUUUGGAUGGAGAAGUGAUUGGGAUUAAUACCUUGAAAGUUGCUGCCGGUAUCUCCUUUGCCAUUCCUUCAGAUAGGAUAACACGCUUCCUCAAUGAAUCUCAUGGAAAACAAAGCAAAGAAAUCCGAAGCGUGAAGAAGCGUUUCAUUGGAAUACGCAUGCUGACCAUCACACCAGCCCUGGUGGAGGAGCUGCAGCAACAGAACCCAGACUUCCCAGAAGUCAGCAGUGGGAUCUAUGUCCAUGAGGUGGUCCCCAACUCCCCUGCUCAGAAGGGGGGCAUCAGAGACGGCGACAUCAUCGUGAAGCUGAACGGCAUGCCCCUCAUGACGACCUCUGACCUCAAAGAGGCGUUGACGGAAGAGACGGCCCUGCUGCUGGAGGUGCGCCGUGGAAACGACGACUUGCUCUUUAACAUCCAGCCUGAUGUCAUCAUGCACUGAGCGACUGAUCAGACACAAAGGAGGAGCUUGCACAACAGUCGCCACCGAACUCAGACUCUGAGGAGAGGGGAUGUGGAGUUGUUUUGACAGCAAAGGGGAAGAGGCCAUA